GACAAGAUUGAAAAGUGCAAUGGACGGGUAAACUUUUUGCCAUUGUUUUUUAAAAUACAUAUUAAUUUAAUUAUUAUUUUUGGCUACUAGUUUAUUAGAUUUCAAAAAAUACCAGUAUAAUACGUUAAAUUACCUAUAGUAAUUCACGUGGUAAGUAACAUACUUUCUGAUAGUGACCAGACUAGUGAUUGUGUGUGAUGUUUAAGGAUUUUGUUGUGCCAAAAUGGAAUUGUCAUCGGGUAGUCCAAAUUCGCAAGAAUAUUUAAAAUUCACCAAAGGUCGACGUAGUUCCAACUCUUCGUAUUCUUCUUACUUGUCCGAAGGAGACAUUGAUACCAUAGAUAUUAAUAGUAUACACUUUGACAAUGAUGAAUGUUGGUUGUGUGCUUCCAAUAAUGAAGACCCGAUUUUAGACCUAGAUCAAUGGUUACAUAAAGAUUUGGACCCCAGUUACAACCCUCUUGCCAAUAUCAACUCACAUAUCAGCCUGCAGAAAAAUGUUGACUCCAGGACGUUCACGCGUCCAAAGAAACGAUUUACCCGUCCAUCAAUAGAAAGAUACAAUGAAGAAAUGUAUGGUGGCAGUAGUGAAACAAUUACCUUGCAACCGAGUUCGAGAAGUUUCAUUAUAGAAGAAAACCCCGAGCCUGAUACUACGCUGACAGAAAACAGUGUGAAUUUCGACCUUUCACAGCCUUCUAGUAGUUACUAUUUUGAAAAGAUUGUAGCAGACUGUGGCGAUAUUGAUUCUUUUCAAAAUAUGUCUCCGCCAAGUCUAGUCAAUUCCAUGUGUUCCUCUACGUUUGCGAAUCUUAUGGAGAACAGUUUCAUCAAAAACGAUCCUAUUUUAAGGGAAAUCAGGGAUACCGAUUAUUCUGAGACGGUUUUACUACAAGAUUGUGAAGCUCCCAUGUUUCAGUCUUUCACUGAAAGUUGCAGCAGCAUAAAUUCCGAUACCCCCGAAAAUUUUUUGAAGAAAGUGUCUUUUAACGGAACCUUUAAAAGAAAUACGAGUAAAGAUGAGAUUAAUAAGCUUAGAAGUUUGAAUGCCACAUUCGAUGCUUUUGAACCAGAAAAGGAAUUAGACAAGACGUUGAAGAAGGAUUCGGAAAACUCAUCUCCUCGUAACGACCAUACUUGGGUAAACCCGAAUGGCACAUAUCGUCGAACGCCCAAACAUAACGGCACAUUCAAAAAGUCUGAUUUGAAAAAAAGUCACAACAUUCUCAAUGCUACGUACGAUACAGAUCCGCCGAAAAAUAAUAUUAAUACAACACAUACGCUUAUAAAAGACUACAACGGCCUAGAAGAUUUGAAGAAAGAUCUGUCUGAUCCGAUAGAAAUACAUACAGAUCUAAAUAGGUUAAGUUAUUGUCUCGAAAACGAAGACGAGAAAUUAGACGCGACGUAUAACGACGUCAACCGGACGUCGAACAGUUUAAAGACUUCCACGCUAAGUGGCUCUGCAGGUUCAGCUGACAGUCUUGACAGGUUAAGUAGUAUGUCGAGUAGCAGCCGAGGCUCCAAUAAAAUGCUCAACAUGGCCGACGUGGACGCCAUCGUCGAAAUGCAGGAGAGAAGUCUCCAACAAGUUAUGUCGACGCCGAAAGUAGCCACAGCCAACAAGCGUCUAUGGGACAACAACUUCAUAUCGCCAAUAAUUGCCGAACCCACGUCAGACUCCGACCUCUCAUCCAACGACGACUACAAAAGUGUCCGUUCCAGCGUAUCAUCAAAAACAUCUCUGGACCAGUACGUUCCCAAGCAACCGAAAAGUCUGGGGUACCUACACGGUCCGACCGAAAUCAAGAUCAAAACCAAUCAAAAAUCAACAUACACAUCAGCCGCGCCCAAACCAGUACCCGUAGUUAGGCCUAACCCCAAAACGAAUUCCUAUUCCAACCUCAAACCCAUGAAUUCUAAUUUGCCAGGUAGUUACUCAAAUAUUUAUAAAAUGAGUAAUGCUAAAACUCAGUCCGUUAACGCGGCUUCCAAUUUGAAAACUAUGGGAUCGAAAUUAAAAGGCUCGUAUACGAGUCUGAGGCCUAUGAGUUCGAACUUACCAGUUGCUCCUCCUUUAAUAAGCUCCAACACAACGAUGACGUUAGCGAAAAGCAACAGUGUGCCACACAGCGUAGAUUCCGCCACAAGGAUAGUUGAAGUACAACCAAUACAAAGGGAAAAGAUCGCCAUAGGUGACAAUUUGUUCGUUAAACCCCAACCAGUAAAGGCUAGUGGCUUACCUCGUCCUACGGGAAUCCCCAGGCCUGCUUCUAGAAUACCCGCCCCCCGUAGUAGUAAUGUAAGGCCAAAUUCUUGGAGUUCUGCGGAUUCCUUAAGUGAAACAUGAAAAUUAAUCAAGUAACAAGUAUAUAGUUGCUGUUUGUGCCUUAUAUUUGUAUCCGAGCUUUUUAAUAUAAGUAUUGUAAAGCAUAUCUCCUAGCGUAUUGUUUUUCUUUAAUUUUGUUAAAUAUACGAUUAAUAUAUUUAUUG